AUGGAUUAUAAAGGAAACGAAGACGAAAAUACAAAUUUUAAUAGGGCAGGUCCAAAAUUAAUGCGUAGGUCAAAUGAAAAAGCCCGGCAAAUCGAAACUAAGGAGCAUUUUGACGAACUUUUCCAACAGAUUUUUGAAGAUUAUACUUGUAUUGACAAUUUUGAUUUAGAACAAGCCAGAAAGAUUAUAACAUUGCUUUCUAUCCAUAUAGAACCUUAUGAUGAAAUAGACACAUCAUUUUUAGUUGAAAAAGAUUUAUUAAAUUUAAUAUCUAGGUAUUUGCAAGAAGUUUACGAUAAAUAUGCAAGUCAUCAUAACUAUUAUAUCGAAUCAUAUAUGCCAGUUGCAAAAUUAAUUUCUUCUUUAUUAAGAAUGCAUUGUUUAUCAGAAAUUGACUUGUUGAAAUAUAACAUUCUACAGUUCUUUGAGCCAUUAAUUGAAUUUAAGAACAUAGAAAUACUAAAACAAGCAAAUACAAUGGAUCUUUAUAUAAAAUACAGAAACACUCAAUUAAACGUAUUAGCAACAUUCUACGAAUACUUUGCAGAUACAUCUGAUGUCAAGCCAAAGCUUUGCAAACCAUUUUUCAAUUUUUCAACGAAAUCUAUUUUGGAUUUUGAAGAUGAAUAUGCUACAAAAGCAAUGUACUUUGCAUCAUGUUUCGUUAUGAAAAACCAAGAACUUACUGCAAAACAAAUCAGAUUAAUUUUGAAAAUGUCCUAUUCCGCAUUGACAUUAGGACGAGCAGAACUAUAUUCCGAAGCAAUAUGGAUACUUAGAGUUGCUAUUGCAAGAGAUUCCCAUCAAUGUGAAAUUUUCUUUAGAUAUUUCCAUAAUUUAGUUUUUCCUUUAUUACUUUCUGUUAAAGAAUCAGUUGUUGAAGACUGUCUUAGAUUGAUAUCACAGAUUCUUAGUGUUGAUCCAUUACCUUAUGACAUUGUUUUACCAACAAUUCCAAUUAAAUAUAUAAUACAAAAUUGCGAAUCAAUUGGAAGUGUUGUUCAAAUACAAUCAUUCCAUUGUUUAUAUAAGAUUGCUAUGUCUUGUCAAUUAGGAUCAGAGAUGUUACUUCAAAAUGAUAUAAUUCCUAAUUUAAUUGUUAUUUUUGAUGCUGCUUGUUUGAGAACGAAACAAGCAAUUUUGAAAGUUUUGUCUGCAAUAAUGCAUAAUAUGCCUUCUGAGUAUUAUAUUCCUUUUUAUACAUGCAAUGUUAUUGAAAUAAUCUCAGAGUUUAUUGAAUCAAUGGAUGAAAAAGAUGUUGUAAUAUUACUUGGCGCAAUUGAUCGUAUGAUUGAAGAUUUAUCAUUUGAUCCUAGACUUAAUGAUAUUUUAGCAUUGUUUGAAGGCUGCGAACUCUUAGAUAUAAUAGACAGUUUAAGUGACAGUCAGAAUGAAAAAAUCAGUGUCAUUGCUGAGUCAAUAUUAAACCGAAUAACUCCAGCGGAAUAA